CCUCCUCCAGGUCCUGGCGCGCAGGGUGGGAGCGCUGCGCGGCGCCGCGCUGCGCAUCGCGGCCCGCUCGCCGCCUGCCCCCUGCCCUAGCUUGGCCAUCUCCCCGGACUGCCGGUGGAGGGCUGCAAGGCGCUAACGUUACGCUGUUUCCGGUUUUCCAGCGGGCUCUGUUUCCCCUCCCAAGGCGGCGGCGGCGGAGCGGUGGAGCCCCCCAAAUGGCCUGGCCAGAUGCGGCAGGUUUGCUGCUCAGCGCUGCCGCCGCCGCCACUGGAGAAGGCUCGGUGCAACAGCUACAGCGACAGCAGCAGCAGCAGCAGCAGCAGCAGCGAGAGGAGCAGCAGCAGCGAGAGGAGCAGCAGCAGGAGCAGCAGCAGCAGCAGCAGCAGCAGCAACAGCAGCAUCUCCCGUCCCGCUGCGCCCCCAGAGCCGCGGCCGCCGCAACAGCCGCAGCCCCGCAGCCCCGCAGCCCGGAGAGCCGCCGCCCGCUCGCGAGCCGCAGCCGCCGGCGGCAUGAGGCGCGACCCGGCCCCUGGCUUCUCCAUGCUGCUCUUCGGUGUGUCGCUCGCCUGCUAUUCGCCCAGCCUCAAGUCGGUGCAGGACCAGGCGUACAAGGCACCCGUGGUGGUGGAGGGCAAGGUACAAGGGCUGGCCCCGGCCGGCGGCUCCAGCUCCAACAGCACCCGCGAGCCGCCCGCCUCGGGUCGGGUGGCGCUGGUGAAGGUGCUGGACAAGUGGCCGCUCCGGAGCGGGGGGCUGCAGCGCGAGCAGGUGAUCAGCGUGGGCUCUUGUGCGCCGCUCGAGAGGAACCAGCGCUACAUCUUUUUCCUGGAGCCCACGGAACAGCCCUUAGUCUUUAAAACAGCCUUUGCCCCCCUUGACACCAACGGCAAAAACCUCAAGAAAGAGGUUGGCAAGAUCCUGUGCACUGACUGCGCCAUUCGGCCCAAGCUGAAGAAGAUGAAGAGCCAGACAGGACAGGUGGGUGAGAAGCUAUCACUGAAGUGCGAGGCAGCAGCUGGUAACCCCCAGCCCUCCUACCGCUGGUUCAAGGAUGGCAAGGAACUCAACCGCAGCCGUGACAUUCGCAUCAAGUAUGGCAAUGGCAGAAAGAACUCACGACUCCAGUUCAAUAAGGUGAAGAUGGAAGACGCUGGGGAGUAUGUCUGCGAGGCCGAGAACAUCCUAGGCAAGGACACAGUGCGGGGCCGGCUCUACGUCAGCAGCGUGAGUACCACUCUGUCUUCCUGGUCGGGGCACGCCCGGAAGUGCAAUGAGACAGCCAAGUCCUAUUGUGUCAAUGGAGGUGUCUGCUACUACAUUGAAGGCAUCAACCAGCUCUCCUGCAAAUGUCCAAACGGAUUCUUCGGACAGAGAUGUUUGGAGAAACUGCCUUUGCGAUUGUACAUGCCAGAUCCUAAGCAAAAGCACCUUGGAUUUGAAUUAAAGGAAGCCGAGGAGCUGUACCAGAAGCGGGUCCUGACUAUCACUGGCAUCUGUGUGGCUCUGCUGGUCGUGGGCAUUGUCUGUGUGGUAGCCUACUGUAAGACCAAAAAACAGCGGAAGCAGAUGCACAACCACCUCCGGCAGAAUAUGUGCCCAGCCCACCAGAACCGGAGCUUGGCCAACGGGCCCAGCCAUCCCCGGCUGGACCCUGAGGAGAUCCAGAUGGCGGAUUAUAUCUCCAAGAAUGUGCCAGCCACAGACCAUGUCAUCCGGAGAGAAACUGAAACCACCUUCUCUGGGAGCCACUCCUGUUCUCCUUCUCAUCACUGCUCCACAGCCACCCCCACCUCCAGCCACAGACACGAGAGCCACACGUGGAGCCUGGAGCGUUCCGAGAGCCUGACCUCUGACUCACAGUCAGGCAUCAUGCUGUCAUCAGUUGGCACCAGCAAGUGCAACAGCCCAGCAUGCGUGGAGGCCCGGGCACGGCGGGCGGCAGCCUACAGCCUGGAGGAGCAGCGCAGGGUGGCCAUGCCACCCUACCAUGACUCCAUAGACUCUCUGCGUGACUCCCCACACAGUGAGAGGUACGUGUCGGCCCUGACUACGCCCGCGCGCCUCUCUCCCGUGGACUUCCAUUACUCGCUGGCCACGCAGGUGCCAACUUUCGAGAUCACGUCCCCCAACUCGGCGCACGCUGUGUCGCUGCCUCCGGCCGCGCCCAUCAGUUACCGCCUGGCGGAACAGCAGCCGCUGCUGCGGCACCCGGCGCCCCCAGGCCCCGGGCCCAGCGCAGACAUGCAGCGUAGCUACGACAGCUAUUACUACCCGGCGGUGCCGGGCCCGCGACGCGGAGCCUGCGCUCUCGGCGGCAGCCUGGGAAGCCUGCCUGCCAGCCCGUUCCGAAUCCCGGAGGACGACGAGUACGAGACCACGCAGGAGUGCGCACCACCACCGCCACCACCGCGCGCGCAUGGUGCGUCCCGCAGGACGUCCGCGGGGCCCCGGCGCUGGCGCCGCUCGCGCCUCAACGGGUUGGCGGCGCAGCGCGCACGCGCGGCGCGGGACUCGCUGUCGUUGAGCAGCGGCUCCGGCGGCGGCUCGGCCUCAGCCUCAGAUGACGAAGCGGACGAUGCAGACGGGGCACUGGCAGCAGAGAGCACGCCUUUCCUCGGCCUGCGCACGGCGCAUGACACGCUGCGCUCGGACUCGCCGCCCCUGUGCCCUGCAUCCGACAGCAGGACUUACUACUCCCUGGACAGCCACAGCACGCGGGCCAGCAGCAGACACAGCCGCGGGCCUCCCCCGCGAGGCAAGCAGGAUUCGGCGCCCCUCUAGGGGGCCCCGCACGCCCGCCGCCCCUUCCGCCUCGCCUGCCCCACUGUCUUUAAGGAGAACAGAGACCACAGAUUGGAGAGAGAAAGGAGGGAAAAAAAGAAAUAAAAAUAUUUUUAUUUUCUAUAAAAGGAAAAAGUAUAACAAAAUGUUUUAUUUUCAUUUUAGCAAAAAUUGUCUUAUAAUACUAGCUAACGGCAAAGACGUUUUUAUAGGGAAACUAUUUAUAUGUAACAUCCUGAUUUACAGCUUCGGGAAAAAAAAAGAAACAACAAAAAAAAAAGAGAGAUGGGCCAAUUUUUUGACUCUUUAAUAGAAACCUAUAUUGUGGUGCCUUUUGCUGUACGCUAAUCUGGAGCUCCUGGAGAGAAGAGUGGAGGUGGGGCUGUGGGAUCCCGCUGUGUAGGGAUGGGGGGCAGCUGUGGGGUUCUGGUGGGGGUGAGGUUGGUGGGCUGUAAGCGCUUGACCCUGGGGAAGGAAAUGAAAACUGAAGUAGGUUUUCCUUCAGACAAAAUCUUGAGUCCAGACCCCCUAGAAGGAGAGGACAAAAACCCUAGCCUAGACUUUGGGCCAGAGUUAGGAUUGUGUAACUCACGGGGGUGGGGGUGGGGCGGGGACAAAGGCCCAGCGACAGCAACCAGAAUGAGGAGGGGGCCUCCCUGAUCCUCACAGCUGCUAAGAGAGGAGGGCCUAGGAAGAAGUCUUCCCCACAGCCCUGGCCCCAGGGAGGGGGCGCCUCUGUCAGGGGCCCAGUGUAUGCGGCUCCUCCUCCCCAUGGCCUCCAGGACGCGCCUCCGUCUCUGCAGCACCUUCGUUUACAGGUCGUCUUUUCUAUUUUACGCCUGCAUGUCCUUUGCAUUUCAAAUUCUUUAGAUUGGAUGCAUGGUCACGCUGGGACCGAGAAGAGCCACUCGACAGUGUAUUUGAGUCCCCUUUAGCAAUAAAGUAACUAUUUCCUUCUCACAGCCCACCUCCCAGCUCCAACCCACCUAUAACUUCCACUUCCCUUCUUCCCACGAUCCCCUAACUCCCAAAACUGGGUCCACAGAAUCUCUGCUAAUUUGUCAAAAAGGUCAUUGUUAUUUAAAAAUAAAUAAACCCCAAACAGAAACAAAUGGGAACCCUGCCCUGAAAUGUCCAAACACCUGACUGUUGACACUUGAACAUUUUUAUAUUAUAAAUAAAAUCAGAAAUAACUCAUGUU